CAUCUCUCUCUUUCUCUGUCUCUGUCGCUCUCUCUUAUAUAUAUGCAUAUAAUUCUAUGUGCUAUAUCGAGCUACGCCAUUGCACCAUCGUGAACUCCUCUCCUCAUACAUAUAUGUGUAUAUAUAUAUUUAUGUAAUCCUCUCGUUCCAAUUCAUAAACAUUAACAACACACUUCCCAUUAGAGAGAGAAAAAAGAGAAGAUAAACUCCAUUUAAUUAAUUAGCGCGCACGUUCCCCUCCUCCUGAGUCAACUACUUCGGGUGCAUAUUUAACUCCCAUCACCGGUCCACGGAGAAAUGGAUGGCCCAGAUGAUCUCGUCCGGUGCACCUACGCGCCGCUCCCUCUCCCGCCUCCCCAGCGGAGGCGCAGCAGUGCUCGACCGUUGACGCUGCUCCCCCUCGCGAUCUCCUCGGCCGCGCUUUUGCUGCUCCUCGCCGCGCUGAGCCCGUGGACCGGGACUACGGCGCAUGUGGGCCCACCGGUUCGUGGGUCGUGGGCCGCCGCCGCCGUGUCCCGUGGACCGGCGCAGGGCGUGUCGGAGAAGUCCACGGGGCCAAUCCUCGGCUCCUCCGGGACGCAGUUUCCGUGGACCAACCGCAUGCUCCUGUGGCAGCGCACGGCCUACCACUUCCAGCCGCAGAAGAACUGGAUGAACGAUCCUGAUGGGCCAUUGCACUACAAGGGGUGGUACCAUUUGUUCUACCAGUAUAACCCGGACUCGGCCGUGUGGGGGAACAUCACGUGGGGGCACGCGGUGUCACGCGACCUGAUCCGGUGGGAGUACCUGGACCUGGCCAUGGUCCCGGACCACUGGUACGACAUCAACGGCGUUUGGACCGGGUCCGCCACGAUCCUCCCCGACGGCCGCAUUAUAAUGCUGUACACCGGGUCCACCAACGACACGGUCCAGGUCCAGAACCUGGCCGAGCCCGCCGACCCGGACGAUGCCCUUUUGCGAAACUGGGUCAAGUCGGACUCGAACCCGGUACUGCUUCCCCCGCCCGGGGUCGGGCUCAAGGACUUCCGCGACCCGUCCACGGCGUGGUUCGUCGAGUCGGACUCGGCGUGGCGCGUCACGAUCGGGUCGAAGAACCGGGAGCACGACGGGUUCGCCAUGGUCUACAAGACCCGGGACUUCGUGAACUACGAGCUGUCACCCCGGCCGCUCCACGUGGUGAACCGGACCGGGAUGUGGGAGUGCGUGGACUUUUACCCGGUCUCGACCGGGUCGGGGGAGGGGCUCGACACGUCGACCGAACCGGGUCCGGGGGUGAAGCACGUGCUGAAGGCGAGCUUGGACGAUGAUAAGCACGACUACUACGCGAUCGGGACGUACGAAUCGGAGGGGGACACGUGGACGCCGGACGACGAAGGGUCGGACGUUGGGAUCGGGCUACGGUACGACUACGGCAAGUACUACGCGUCGAAGACGUUCUACGAUCCCGUGAAGAAGCGGAGGGUUUUGUGGGGUUGGAGCGGUGAGACGGACAGUGAGGAGACGGAUCUGCUCAAAGGGUGGGCGUCCGUACAGACCAUUCCAAGAACGGUUCUCUACGAUGCGAAAACAGGAAUGAAUCUUCUCCAAUGGCCCGUGGAUGAGGUAAAUAGCCUUCGAUGUGGUAGCACGAACUUCAGCAGCAUCAGCAUCAGCCCUGGAUCAGUAAUCCCCUUACAUGUCAACAAAGCCUCACAGUUGGAUAUACUGGUUGAGUUUGAGAUAGACCCUUCAGCAUUGACUAGCACAGUCGAGGCCGACGUUGAGUACAACUGCAGCACGAGCGGAGGAGCCGCUGGGCAAGGGGCACUGGGGCCGUUUGGGCUGCUCGUGUUGGCUGAUAAGAAUCUAACCGAGCAAACUGCAGUUUAUUUCUACGUGGCAAGAAAGGUGGACGGCGGGCUUCGUACUUUUUUCUGUCAGGAUGAGCUAAGAUCGUCCUUGGCGAAUGACAUUGUCAAGAGAGUGUACGGGAGCUCGGUUCCGAUGCUCGAUGGGGAAAGCUUGUCAGUGAGGAUAUUGGUGGAUCAUUCCAUUGUAGAGAGCUUUGCUCAAGAGGGGAGGACAUGCAUUACGUCGCGUCUGUAUCCAACCAAGGCAAUUUGGGAUGCCGCGAAAGUAUUCCUCUUCAAUAAUGCUACCAAUGCUCGCGUGACUGCGAAAUCGAUCACUAUAUGGGAGAUGAACUCAGCUUUUAUUCAUCCAUACUCUAAUCAAACCAAUAGUUGAAGUCACCGAACGCCGUCGGCGCAGCAAAAGCCUCAGCUCUGUGUUCUAUAGAGAUUCUCUAUUCGCUUUUCAUUUUUGGGUGUUUAAUACAAACUCAAUUUUAAAGCCAAAAUUCAUUGCCAAUAAGCAAAAUUCAUCCUAAUUAUUACGAAUGUCGAUAGAGCUUUAGUCACAUUUGGGAGAAUAAUUUGAUGUAAUUGUGAAGUUUAUCUUUUGAAUAUAAUUAUAGGGUAUUGAGAUCGAAAUUACACGAAAUUGUAAUAAUACAUAAGUUCAUAAAGCAUCGGAGAAUAAUUGUAUAAAGUUUUGCCUCCUACAUCAUGUAUCUGUAAAGUACUUACAUG